CAUUUUCCGAGAAAAUUGACGGUUGGAAGAAAGAUUCAUGAGUAUACAAAGAAAGAACAAUCCAAUGAAUUCAAUCCUAAAAUUUCUUCCACUUCCAUUUCCAUUUUCCAAUCUUAUGCUUCUAGAUGAUUGCCAUUUGUCUUCUUCUCCAAUUUAUAUACAGAUACGGAUUUCCCUUCUGAAGCCAGUAUCUUCAGAUUUUGAUCGGAGAACCAAGAUUUUCCGGUCGUUUUCCGUCGAUUUUCUUGGGGAUUAUGAUCGGAUUUCACUGAUUUGAAACUCUUCCGAGGUGUUCUGUUCUGAAUCAAGAUUGAAGAGAAAUGAACUUCCAUACCCAUUUGUUUCGUUGCUCUAUUGCUUUUGCUUUGGUUCUUCUUGCUUUUGCAGUGUCUUUAUCGGAGGCUGCUAUAACUCUAGGUUCGUCUUUGAGAGUUUCGGAUUCCAAUCAGGCGUGGAAUUCGUCUGAUGGAUCUUUCUCUUUGAGUUUCCUUCCACUGGAUUCUUCCGGUUCUUCGUCUUUUAUCGCCGGCAUAGUCUUCACUGGUGGCGUUCCUACUAUCUGGUCCGCUGGUGGCGGCGCUGUGGUGGAUACUUCUGGUGCUCUUCACUUUCAAUCUGACGGUAAUCUUCGUCUUGUCAGUGGCUCUGGUGCCGUCGUUUGGGAAUCUAAUACCACUGGCCGUGGCGUCUCCUCCGCUGUGCUCGAGGAUUCCGGCAACCUCGUCCUUCUAAAUAGUAGCUCCCAGCCGGUCUGGUCUUCGUUCGAUCACCCGACCGAUACGAUUGUUCCAUCGCAGAAUUUCACAGUGGGGAUGGUCCUGCGGUCUGGUCAGUAUGCUUUUAACCUACUUGAUGUUGGGAAUAUAACUCUGACUUGGAAUGGAAAUGGACCGAAUGACAAUGUUAUUUAUUGGAAUCACGGAUUAAAUACAUCAAUCAAUGGAACUUUGAAUUCUCCUAGUUUACGAUUAGAUCCUAUUGGAAUGUUGGCUGUUUUUGAUACCAAAAUACCGGCUGGUUCAUUUGUGGCUUAUAGCAAUGAUUAUGCAGAUAAUGGUGGGGUUGAAACUUUUAGGUUUCUAAGGUUGCAAAGAGAUGGAAAUUUAGGGAUUCAUAGUGUUGUUAGAGGCAGUGGGUCUGAAACAAUGGGAUGGGAAGCUGUUCCAGAUAGAUGUCAGAUAUUUGGGUUCUGUGGGGAACUUAGUAUCUGUAGUUAUAAUGAUACAAGUCCAAUCUGUAGUUGCCCAUCUGCAAACUUUGAACCAGUUGAUCCAAAUGAUUGGAAGAAAGGGUGUAAGAGGAAGUUGGAUCUUGGAAACUGUUCCAGCGGCAUUAAUAUGUUGUCGUUGCAAAAUACAAAACUUUUACAAUAUCCAUGGAAUUUCCCAGGCUUACAGUCUUUCUCGAUGCAGAUAUCGGGGUGUCAAUCGAAUUGUCGACAAAGUGAUGCCUGUAAUGCCUCCACUGCACUAUCAGAUGGGAGUGGGUUUUGUUAUUACGUGAUGUCAGGUUUUAUUAGGGGAUAUCAAAGUGCUGCAUUGCCAAGCACUUCAUUUCUCAAGGUCUGUGGACAAGUGCUCCCAAACCAACCGGAAUCUUCCGAUGUUUCGAGGCCGGGUGGUAAGAAUGUGAAGGCUUGGGUUUUGGCAGUUGUGGUUUUGGUUACCCUUUUUGCUAUGAUUGCUUUUGAGGCUGGUUUAUGGUGGUGGUGUUGCAGAAACACCCCCAAUUUUGGAGGGAUGUCCAGCCAAUAUACUCUUCUUGAGUAUGCUUCUGGUGCUCCAGUCCAGUUCUCAUAUAAAGAACUCCAUCGUGUGACGAACGGUUUCAAGGAAAAGCUUGGAGCUGGUGGAUUUGGUGCUGUUUAUAAAGGGGUUCUCACUAAUAGGACAGUUGUUGCAGUGAAGCAACUUGAGGGAAUUGAGCAGGGAGAGAAGCAAUUUAGGAUGGAGGUAGCAACUAUAAGUAGCACACAUCAUUUGAAUCUGGUGAGAUUGGUUGGUUUUUGCUCGGAAGGACGCCAUAGGCUGUUAGUAUAUGAGCUCAUGAAAAACGGCUCUCUCGAUAGUUUGCUAUUCAAGGGAGAAGAAGGGCAAUCGGGGAAGUUCCUUAGCUGGGAAGAUCGUUUCAAAAUUGCUGUUGGCACUGCCAAGGGGAUCACAUACCUUCACGAGGAGUGCCGUGAUUGCAUCAUUCAUUGUGAUAUAAAGCCAGAGAACAUACUCUUAGAUGAGCAUUUAAAUGCUAAAGUCUCAGAUUUUGGCCUGGCAAAGCUCAUUAAUAUGAAAGACCACAGAUAUCGAACCUUGACUAGCGUAAGAGGGACAAGGGGAUAUUUGGCACCUGAAUGGCUAGCAAAUCUACCACUGACUUCAAAAUCUGAUGUUUUCAGCUACGGUAUGGUUCUUUUAGAGAUCGUGAGUGGACGAAGGAAUUUCGACGUUUCUGCAGAAACAAAUCACAAGAGGUUCUCUUUGUGGGCUUAUGAAGAGUUUGAAAAGGGGAAUCUCAUAGAAAUUGUUGACAAAAGGCUGGUGGAUCAAGAGAUUGAUAUGGAGCAAGUGAACAGGGUGCUUCAAGUGAGCUUUUGGUGCAUCCAGGAGCAACCGUCUCAGAGGCCAAUGAUGGGAAAAGUCGUGCAGAUGAUCGAAGGAGUCAUCGACAUCGAGAGGCCUCCUGCACCAAAAGUAACAUCCAUGGUUUCUGCAACUGGAACAAGCACUUAUAUCAGCAGCAAUUUGAGCAAUUUCUCCACCACACCAACAGCCGAAACACCUGCUACACCGGCCUCAUUUUCGUCGUCUCUUGCUGCAGUAGAUUUCACUCCUGGUGGCAGCAAUAGUGAGAAAACAAGUUCAUCUCUUCUGCAAUCAAGGUACGACUAACCUCUUAGCUUUUCAGUUCAUGUCAAAUUUGAAGCUUCUUACACAGACCUUGGUUCAAAUAUCUUUUCUAGAAAGCUUUACAGUUCCAAGUCAUGUUGUUGUAACAAUAAGUCUUUUCUUCAACUUAUUUUUCCUCGUAACUACGAAAAUAUUUUGUAAAUCAUUGUUCAGUUUUGUUUUGGUGCUGAGGGUGCAAGCCCAACAAAGUUGUAGUUUGUAACAACACUAAAACUGUAUAAUUUGUUAAAUUCUAUAUUAUUUGUAUGAUGGAUGAAGAUUUUUUUUAGUCCA